AUGUUUCAGUUCCUUUUUCAACCCUGGAUCAUCGCCUUAGCAGGGAUAGGCUAUUUGGUUUCUCUGGCUGUGUAUCGAUUAUGGCUGUCCCCAUUGGCCAAGUUCCCUGGCCCUAAGCUGGCUGCGCUUACAUUAUGGUAUGAAUUGUACUACGAUAUUUACUGCGAAGGACAGUAUACAUUUCAAAUCAUUCGGAUGCAUGAAAAAUAUGGUCCCAUCGUGCGCAUCAGCCCCUGGGAACUCCAUAUCAGCGACCCCGAGUAUUACGAAGUGUUAUAUUCUCGAGACAGCCCGCGGAAUAAAUAUGAAUACUAUACCCGGCAAUUUGGGCUUACCAAGACGGCAAUGGCGACAGUGGACCAUUAUCACCACCGCCUCCUGCGCUCCAACAUGAACCCUUAUUUUGCGAUGACCCGGAUACGAAAGCUCGAACCUCUGAUCCAGGCGUUGGUGGACAAGCUAUGCGACCGCCUAAGGGAAUUCAGGGGCACGGGAACCCCAGUAUCGCUUCAGUACCCAUUUACCUGUUUCGCAACUGAUGUUGUGACUGAUUAUACUAUGGGCGCUGGGUUUCACUACCUCGAUGAACCGGACUUCGUUCCCCGAUGGAGCAGGACGUUGAGUGGAGUUGCGAAAUCGGGUGUCUAUAUCAAGCCCUUCCCGUGGCUUAUUAAGGUAUUCAAUGCUCUCCCCGAACGUUGGUUGUCCUGGUUAAAUCCCGAGAUGGACUUGACAUUCCAUUUUCAACGUCGAUGCCGUGAGGUCAUAACGUCCAUUAUGGAGGAGCAAGAUGCCAACGGAUAUGACAAGGUUAAGAGUCAAUUUAGUCAUCCUACUUUCUUUCACGACGUGUUGAAUAGCAAUCUUCCUCCAGAAGAGAAAUCUCCGGAGCGUUUAUGGCAGGAAGUUCAGGUAGUGGUCGGCGCAGGUGCUGAGACUACCGGCAAAGCUUUGACUUGGACGAUGUUCUACCUUCUUCACAACCCAGACAAGCUGCAGAAACUGAGAGAUGAGCUUAACCAGCUGGAUCCUGAUCGGAGGGCGACUCUAUUGGACUUUGAAAAAAUGCCUUAUCUGAUGCCAGAGAUGUGUGUUUAUUUACUAAUACAUCAAUACAGGCUUUCGUACGGCCUCAGUACACGAUUGCAAAGAGUUGCUCCCGAUAGAGCCCUACAGUUUAGAGAAUGGUCUAUACCCGCCGGGACUCCCGUUGGAAUGUCAAGCACGUUGAUGCACCACGAUGAGCGCAUAUUCCCCGACUCACAUAAAUUCAUUCCCGAGCGUUGGCUGGACCUGGAACAGCGGAAAUAUUUGGAAAGGUAUAUGGUGGCGUUCACCAAAGGAUCAAGACAAUGCAUUGGCAUGAAUCUCGCGCGGUCCGAAAUUCUCCUCGCCCUUCCGAAAGUCCUCCGAGAACUAGAUUUCGAGUUGUAUGAAACUACACUGGAGGAUGUGACGCUUGCACAUGAUAUGUUCCUACCCUUCCCGAAGAUGGAUAGCAAGGGAGUGCGCGUCUUAGUAAAAUAG